UGUAAUUAUCAGAUGUGUUCCUAUGGCUGAUAUCUAUAAACCUUCACUGAAUAAGAAAAUGUUUUCUUUUCUGGUAGUUCUGGUGUCUGCUCUGCAGGUUGUGAGUUGUAUUGAUGACUCACUUCUACAGUGUAACAGCAGCUGUGCGGUGUAUGACUUCAAAUAUUUCGUUGACAAACUCCUGCAGCAAGAAAGAGAGCUCAGCACCUAUCAGAGUUUAACCAAUUGCUCUGCUGUGGCGCUACAAGCUCAAAUAGAAGCCGUCGAGGAUCUAGCUUUUUACCCUCCUUUGAUUUACGGCGGCAAGAAAUACCUCAUAGCUCAACUUUUUUUUCAAACCCAAAGUUCAAGAGUCGCCAUAACUCGUUGCGGGGCUUUUGGUGGCUACCUGGCGGAAAUUGACGACACGGAUGAGUACGCCGCGCUGAAGACCUUUAUAGACAGCACGCCAAACGUAAACAUGAUAAUGAUUUCUGGCUCGGAUGCUGCGACAAAAGGGACCUUGUUGUUUCAGCGAACUGGUCAGCCUGUGCCUGUUAUAGCUUGGGCCCCUAACGAGCCUAAUCUCAUUGAAGAGGAGAAUUGCUUAUAUUUGUGGAGAGACUUUGACAAUCUAAUGAUGGACGAUGCAUGUGAAUAUAUACCUUUUGAUACCACGUUCAUGUGUGAGAUACCCAUCUAGUCCUGAUGAACUGCACUUAGACAUGGGGCAAAAUAGUUCUGUCUUUUUCUCUAACCAUUUUGUUUUU